UCAAAUUGAUUGUAGUGAAAUGGACAUAGCCAAUGAACCAGCUAGGCUCAAAUUAGUUGUGAUAUGAACCAAUGAACCAGCUGCUGCGUACCCAACUUCCAAAGCCAAUGAAAAAACCUAACUAAUAAACAAACUGCUCUCCAACGGUCUGCCUCUCAUGGCUUUUGCUUCGCCAAACCUCAAAUCCAUCCCUCACUUUCUCUCACCCCAGCCAUUUUCCUCCCAAUUUUCCUUUCUUUUCCUCCAAACACCCCGACGUGCACCACCACCCGCCAAAUUUCUUCACACCUCAAGGCGCCAAACCGUCCCAAGAUCCGCUCUUCGAGAAUGGAAAGAGUAUGAGGAGGCAGUGAAGCGCAAGGACCUAGCUGGAGCUCUCAGGUUCCUGCAAUCCAUUGAGACCCAGCAAAACCCAAUUGAGUUUGUUAAUGGGUCCUUACCAGCUGACCCGACCCUUCCUCGACUCGGCGAGUUGGGGUUUGUUGGGCAGGAGAGGGAUUGGGAGGUCCUGGACACGUGUCUGAAUGCUGAUAAUAUGAAGCUGGUGGGCAAAGCUUAUGGCUUUCUCAAGGACAAGGGUUUCUUGCCCAGUUUUGGAAAGUUCAGGAACGUUGUUAUGGAGGGAACGCGUGAUGUUACACCAACAGUGUUGAAGACUUCAACUGGUUUAGAAGCAACGAAAUUUGCUCCAAAAAAGUGGGGCCUUUCUGAAAGUUCUGGUCCCAUUUUGAUUGCCUUUCUUGGCGGGAUAUCUUUUCUUCUUUCUCAAGGCAUCGAUCUCAGGCCUAACCUUGCAGCAGUAUUGGGGCUAGCAUUUGCAGAUUCUGUCUUUCUUGGCGGUAGUUGUUUAGCUCAAAUCUCAAGUUAUUGGCCCCCAAAUAGACGUCGGAUCCUCAUUCAUGAAGCAGGGCAUCUGCUAAUAGCUUAUCUAAUGGGUUGCCCAAUUCGUGGGGUGAUAUUAGAUCCAGUUGUUGCAAUGCAAAUGGGCAUUCAAGGGCAGGCAGGAACUCAAUUUUGGGAUGAGAAAAUGGCCAAUGACCUUGCUGAAGGACGACUUGAUGGCUCUGCUUUUGACAGGUACUGCAUGGUGCUUUUCGCAGGCAUUGCUGCUGAAGCUCUUGUUUAUGGUGAGGCAGAGGGUGGAGAAAAUGAUGAAAAUCUAUUUAGGAGCAUCUGUGUUCUUCUACAACCCCCAUUGUCCGUUGCUGAGAUGUCAAACCAAGCAAGAUGGUCCCUUCUACAAUCUUAUAAUUUGCUCAAAUGGCAUAAAAAUGCACACCGAGCUGCAGUUGAAGCUUUAGGAAGUGGCAAUGGUCUUAGUGUUGUAAUUAGGAGUAUUGAGGAAGCAAUAUUAGCUAAUAGGUGAACAGAAGUAGCUUUACAAAAUAAUGACUCUUUACCCACAUGUGUCUUGAGGAUGGAAGCCUAAGAGAUUCAAAAUAUAACUGGUGUAAGAAAGGCCUGUUUCUGCACUGCAGUCAUUGUCUUCCGUCACUUGGCUAUCCCCCAUAAACAAUUCGGGUCUACAACAGACAAGAAGAGUUGUCUUCCAUCAGGUAGGUUGAUCUUAUAAGGAGGAAGAUUCUCAGCUAAAUGAAAACUCCUUAGAGAGAAAUGACCCAAUUUACUAGCUGGCUUGUUUCUGCGUUACCCCACACCAAGAUUUAAACACCAAGAAUACAAUAUGCAUGCUGAGGCCUAGAGAUGAGAGAGCACAAGUAAUUCAAGAACUCAAGACGGAAAGUACGGUUGAAGUGGUGGCUUGGCAAAUUUGUAGGUGCUACACUGUCCAACACGGAAAGUACGGUUGCAUUUCCUUCCACUUCCUUUCUUGUUUAUAUAACCUGGAUAAUCUGCUCGUGUGAAUUGUGCUUCCUCAACCAGAAACAACCCAACCUCUUCUGCUAACUUCACUAUGUUCCAUUUACUGAAAGGAUGGGUGGUCUUGUGAGUCACAUGAACUUCUCCACUUCCUGUGAGCAUUUCACGUGCACUGGUGAAGUACCCCUUGACCAAAUCCUGAUGCAACCUGAAAAAUAGAUCAGUCAAAAGAGACGUUACCAACAUCCUUCUUCUUGUCAACCAGUCUACCAUAUUAUGAUCCAUGUAGCAUUUUAGUCUUUAUUUAAACUUACUUAAUUUGGAUCUUGUUAUGUUCCAUCAAGAUGAAACCUGCAUGAGGAAAAUUGAAGACAAUGCGAUCGAAUCGUCUAUUCGUUAGCCGGGGGUGUUGGCUCAUGGUAUGAACAUCCACCUCAUGCAACACCGUACAUCCCCUGCCCUUUAACUCAUUCAAAGUGCUCGUUACAUUUGAAUACUUUUGCAUUAAAGACUCUGCGGUUAAGGUGUAAAUGAAUUCAGUCAGGAAAUUGACUUGUAGCAAGUGCAAUAACGAUGGUAGUCAAUUUCUCCCUUGUUACCUUUGGGGUCGAAAGAAGUUGCAACCAUCUUCACAGCAGAGCCAAAUUCUUUGGCUAAGCAAGCAGCAAAGGAGAAGUUGCCCUCACCCACUAAGAGUAUCUCCUGAGAGCUGCUAUAGUGCAUAAUCGUUUUCUCUCCCAUUUUAGAUCUCUUGUUUUUAAUUUUUAUCUUGAACAUCUACUUAAGAGUUGCAGGGUAGGGGGCAACUGUUGGCCUAACCGUUUGAUUAAGAAAACACACAUAGGGAUUAACAAGAAAAAGUGUGUUAUAUUAACCCAUUCAUGAUUUCCAAAGAAUUACAAGUUUGAAGGCUUA